UCGGUGAUAACAGCUUUAUCAGUAGAUUAAUAAAAAUAAGUUAAAUUUCACUAAAAAUGUUGCAACCCAAAGUGCUCACAUCGGUUCUUGGUCAGGCCAAUACCGGUGGAGUGGAGAACACCAUUCUGCUAACACACGAAGGUGCCCUGCUGGCCUUUUCCGGCUACGGCGAUCGGGAUGCCACAAUUACCGCAGCCAUCGCCAGCAACGUAUGGUCCGCCUAUGAAAAGAACGGUCGCAAUGCCUUCCGGGAGGACCGGCUCAAGUACGUGUUUCUGCAGUGCGAAAACGGAAACGUAAUAAUCACACAGGUGGCGAACCUACUGCUGUGCCUUUAUGCGAGGGAAAACGUCGGAUUGGGAAUCCUGCAGCAGAAGGCGCAAGCGCUGGUAAACUAUCUGGAAGGACCACUGAAGGAGAUUGCUACGUCUUAGAA